AAUCAUUGUUGUAGAUGGUCCUGCCGCUUUGCCGGUGCCGGGUACUGUAUAUAGGAUCAUCAGUACCGACAAUUACUAAAGAUGGUCUACAAGGCAUACAACAACCGCUAAGAGAACGAUAUCCUGUGGAAGAUACACCAGAAACACGUGGAAUCGACUCAUGGCUAUCAGUAUGGUCAAAUGGUAUUCUUCUCGAAUACAUCGAAGGCGAUAAGAAAAGCGAAACAGCGUUCUUCCCCAUCAACACCUUACACUAUUGCGCUGCAGUUCGUUAUGUGAAUGUCACUGGAUACGCUGUUGAAGGAGGUGGAGAACGAUUUCUUCCACUUGACUCUCCAUUCGCCAACAUACCCGAUUCGCCUCAUCCGCCAAUUUUUGCGGCCAUCAUGAGAAGAACCACCGGAGUUAAGGUGCUGGAGUGCCAUGGUUUCAUUUGCACAAACAACAAAGCAGCAAAUGCACUGGUUCGCUGCUGUUUCCAUGCAUAUGCGGAUUCGAUCUACCUCAAAAUGGACGAGAAAGUGCCUGGACUAAAAGCUAUAAAGGAAGGCUCAACCGGCGAGCGAUCGCCUGCCAGUCCACAGAGUGAGGAAAACAACUCACUUGAGGGAGAAGAUCAAAUCGAUAGAGCGCCCAAAGGCUGGGAACGACGUCAACAAGAUGGCGAAUAUGACAGCGUAAGCAUCAGCAGCAGUCUGGUCAGAGGGGGCAAACGAGCCGCCAGUGAGACGGGUGCUGUGCGCACAGCACUGGUGCCGUUCGGUGAUGCGCCUCGUCGGUCGGGUUCCGAGACGGACCUCGGCUAUGCAGAUCCGCGUCAAUAUGGUCCUCCGAUGCCACCGCCGGGAGCUCGAAUGCCCUACCCAAUGGGACCACCACAUCCAAUGAUGGGCUUCCCUCCACCGCCACCGCACCUCUUCCGUGGCGGCGCCUUUCCGCCACCACCGCCUCCGCACAUGAUGCCGCCACCGAUGCGGUUACCGCCAGGAGUACGCAUGCCACCCCCGCCACCGCACAUGUUCCCCAUGAUGCCACCUCCAUUUGCGCCCCGGGGUUACUUCAUGCCUCCACCGCCUCCGCAUUUCAUGAUGCCUCCUUUCCGUCCUUCAAGCCCUGGUGAAGGACCCAUUAUCACAGGACCUGAAUCCAUCUACGGGACAAUUCCUCGACGAAGCGCCUACGAGGAACCCGUCUACAUGCCAGGAUCACAUGCUGGCCCACCUGAUUCCUCCUAUCAACCGGCAAACUAUCCCAGCGACCAUUAUGAGUCGUACUACGAUACUUACAAAAGAAGAGCAACAAAGAAGGAUAGCAUGUCUUCCCGGCAAGACUCUUCCUCGGUAUGGGAACAGUACGAAUCUGGCAUCUACAGAAAACCACAUUUGAAUGAAAAAGCUUUCGGAGGAACGCUAAGAUCAAAUGCAGCAAAAGAGACGAAUAACACUACACUGAACAGAAAUGGCAGUGCUGAACUGGGUACGCAAACCGUAGAAGCCACAGUCUCACGACCGGAUACGCCUCCAGUCGAUUACGAAGCCUUUGAGAACAUGAAGAUCAAGCACGAAACAGGCAAUGGACGAACAACUGUGUAUUAAAACCUCGACGAAAACAAUAGUGUUCAUCUCUGUUGAGCAUCAUGUCGAUUUCUCUUCGCUUCAGAGGUUUCUUGAUCAGAUAGCUCGCUUUCAAGAGCAAUCCGACAUUUUCUUGCUAUCUACACAUGUAUUAACUACGCAUGAAAGAGGAAAUGGAAAGUUUCACAGAUUUUUAUAGUUUCGACCCUCGGGUUCAUAAAAGGCUGAAGUAGAUAAGAUACAUAGCUGUAAUCACACUGCCUAAGGUUAUACUUAUUUCUGUUGUUCAAACAUCACACAAAUUGUAACGAACUAUCAGUGCCAAAUGUGAUUUUUUCCUUGAAGUGCGAUAAUUUGACAUUGAACAAUGACCGAGUCUAAUAAAUG